UGUCGACGUAGUGCAUUGUGGGUAGGUCAGUGAACGAGCCUGGAGGACGCCAUGUGCUUGUGAGUGUGACAGAGAGCCUGAGAAGUGUGUGCCGGGAUUAUUAGGAAAAGAAAACGACAGGAAAAGGACAAUGUACUGCACACUGCACUGCAUCCGGACCUCGCUGCGGAUAGCCGCAAAAACGCACCGGCGUCACCUGUCUGCUCCGACCCUGUCUGCGCUGAGAGCGCUCCACUGUAGCCCCGCCCAUCUCUCCGAUGCCAUAGCGAUGCCGCCGUUGGACGGAGCACCCAAGCAGUAUUCACCCAAAAUCCAGCAGCUGGUCAAUGACAUCGCCAGUCUCACCCUGUUAGAGGUCUCCGAUCUCAACGAGCUGCUCAAGAAAACGCUGAAUAUUCAGGAUGUGGGAAUGAUGCCGAUGGGCACGAUGGCUGCCACACAGACCGCCACAGCAGCUCCGGCGGAGGAGGAAGACGCAGCCCCGGUGAAGAAGGAGAAAACCCAUUUCACAGUGAAGCUGACCGAGCUGAAGGUGGAAGAUAAAGUCAAACUGAUCAAGGAAGUGAAGAACUGCAUGCAGGGAUUAAAUCUCGUCCAGGCUAAGAAGAUGGUGGAGUCGCUGCCACAGGAGAUCCGGGCGAACGUUUCCAAAGAAGAGGCAGAGAAACUGAAGGCGGCUCUAGAAGCAGCAGGGGGCACCGUGGUUCUGGAGUAGAUCUGCACAGAACUCCAUAGCGUCCAUCCUCAUUACUGUCUCUCUGUUUAUACACGUGUUUUUUUUUUUUUUUUUACAAUGAAGCUGAAAGGAAUUUUUGGGAAACAGAUAAAGUGAUGGCUCUGGGUGUGUGAACUCUCAGACUGAACUGUAGCAGGCUGCAGGCUUGCAAUUCUCUCACCACCCGGCCAUCACACCUGUCUGUCUGCACCUGUCUCUUAGCAGCGAGGACAUGCGUCCUGGAUUGUGUCGAGACGUGUACCAUUUGUCCAUGGUUAAAUAAAUGUCAUAUAAUAACGUGGAAAA